AAACGUCAGUCUGCAAACAAGCGUUGGAGGAUACAGAUCAAGAACAUAUUCUUGAACGAAGAACUUUUUUUUGUGUAAUGCACCUUGGCAAGGACGUGAGCAGUGAAAAUGAUUACUCUAGUGUUGGUUGCGGGUGUGGUUUUGUAUUUUCUGAGAAGUUUCCUACAGAAAAGGAAUAAGCUGCUGAAAAUAGCGAACCAUUUCGGUGGUCCAAAGCCGCUACCAGUUAUUGGAAAUUUGCUCGAGUUUAACACCGAUAUUCCGGGCAUUUUCGAAAAAAUAGUCCAUCUCAAUCACACAUACGGACCAAACCUGUUCGUCUGGGGUUUUCUGAACGAGAAUGUCCUAUUCCUGGGGGACACCAAGCUGGUUGAGAAGGUCCUCCUAGCGAAACAGACGCAGAAAUCGUUGCUCUACUCCUACCUGACCUGUUGGCUACGGACGGGACUGCUGCUGGCCAGCGGUGAGAAGUGGUUCCAAAGGCGGAAGAUCAUCACUCCGACGUUCCACUUUAAGGUUCUGGAACAGUUCGUGACGGUUUUCAAUCGGGAAGCUCAAACUAUGGUCGAUGUGAUGAGAAAGCACGUCGGCGGAAAGGAGUUCGAUGUCUACUCGUAUGUGACGCUGAUGGCGCUGGACAGCGUUUGUGAAACUUCUAUGGGGACAUCGGUGAAUGCUCAGAAGGACCCUGAUAAUCGAUACGUACGGAAUGUGAAACGAAUGUCAGUCUUGUUCCUGUUGCGAGUUAUUCACCCUCUCGCAACACAUCCAGAGCUGUACUCGCUCAUACAUCCCAAUGCCUAUGAACAAAGAAAGAUCGUUCGAGAGCUGCACGAGUUCACCGAUAACGUUAUUGCGACCCGUAGGAAGCAGCUGAAGUCCGGUCAGAUGCUGGAUAUCAACCGGAACGUAGAGGAUCGGUACUCCAAGCAGAAGAUGACCUUCCUGGAUCUGUUACUGAACGUUAACAUCGAUGGAAAACCGUUGACCGAUCUGGACAUUCGAGAGGAAGUUGAUACGUUUAUGUUUGAGGGUCACGACACCACUACCAGUGGUAUAUCAUUCACGAUAUACCAAUUGGCACUCAAUCCGCAUGUUCAAGACAAAAUCUACGAGGAGAUAGUGGCUAUCCUAGGAAAGAAUCACAAAACAGUUGAACUGACGUACCAGUCACUGCAAGAGUUCAAAUACCUGGAGAUGGCGAUCAAGGAAGGUCUACGGUUGUUCCCUUCAGUCCCCUUCAUAGGACGUAAUCUUGUCGAGGAUCUUGAAUUCGAUGAUAUCACGCUCCCAGCCGGGCAAGACAUUCUGAUCCCGAUCUAUAUGAUUCAUCGCAAUCCAGAGAUAUACCCGGACCCGGAACGGUACGAUCCGGAGCGAUUUUCCGACGGUACCGAAUCCAAGCGAGGUCCAUACGACUACAUUCCGUUCAGCGCCGGUACGAGGAACUGUAUUGGUCAGCGAUUCGCCAUGUUGGAGAUGAAAGCCGCGUUGAUCAAGCUGAUUGGCAACUAUCGCAUUCUGCCGGGCGAAUCGUUGAAGAAGCUACGCAUCAUGACGGAUUUGGUGGUUCGACCCGAGAAAGGUGUUCCGAUUCGGUUGGAAGAACGGGUGUAGUUGCUCGGAUGGAGAUGUCGCUUUAGUUGUAUAAAUAAAAUCGGAAGGUUUGGAGUGACUACACUGUGGACUUGAUA